AUGUAGUCUUUUGGGAAUAAUUAUCAUAGUGAUACAAUUACAGGAGUGAAAGAUAUCAGUGAUAAAUACUUUAUAAGCUUUGAUAAGCUAAAUUUCAUAUUUAUUUGGGAUAAAAAUACUCUGGAGUUAGUUAGCAAGCUGAGAAGACUCCAUUAAUAUCCAAUUGACGAUGUUCUUUUCAUUUAAUCUAAAUACUUACUUUCCUGGUCUUACUGCGAGAUAAUUCUAUGGGACAUAUAAGAAGGAGAUUUUGUUUUUUAGUAGUCACUCUUAGAAGUUGGUAUCUAUCAGCAGUCUUCUCUUUAAGUUAUUAAAGCUGAUAUUGUAAAUUAAAUAUUAAAUUUGAAGUUUAUUUCCUUGAACAAUACUUCUCUGUGCUAGUUGAAUGUCUUUGUCACUCAGUCACUUAUUUGUUUGGCUAAAGUGGCUACUAAGAUAGAACAAAUACAAAAAGUUAGUUUUUACUGGUAAAUAAUAGGAAAUUAUCAAAGCAUUAUUAUUGUAAAUUCCAGAGACGAUACUGUAAAAAGUGUAUUCCCUGUCAGUUCCAGUUAAACGUAUUAGCAAUAUUUCUUAGAUUAAUAGUACAACUCAAUAAUUUUUUUACAGUAGUACAAUCAGAUUAUUUUCAGGAAUAAAUAUGUAACAAAAGUAGCUCAACUUAAUACUGAUCAAUAAGAUAUUGUUUUUAACUAAGAUUCUACAUUAAGUUGUGAUAGCUAGAUGCAAAAUUAAAUAUGUUCUGAUUACAAUUUUCUUUAAUUAAUAUAACUCAAUUAAAAUUCGCAAUAAAUUAUAAUACUUGACACACCUAGGUCUCCUAUAACCAACCUUUAUUAACUUUAUAUUGGAAAUUUAUUUACUUACAAUCCAAAGAAUAUGCAAUUAACAAGGUAUAGAGUUGCUUAAAGCUUGAUCUAGACUUAAUACUUAUUAAUUGGUAACCUUUUCGUUUAAUAUGCAAAUACAUAACUAACUGUAAUGAAAUAUGCUGGAUAUAAUGUUGAUGAUAAAUAUUUCCUCCAAAAUAUCUAAAAUAGUGGUAAAUCUUAUCUUUAGGAGUUAAAUAUUGAUUAUAUUAAGUAUAUUGAUUCUCUUAAAUAAGUUUUGGUUAUAUAUUUUUAAAAUCUCUAUGUCUUUAACAGCGAGACCUUGGAACUAAUAUUCUCGUAUCAACUUCUUAAUAGUUUUUAGAACAUAUUCAUUGACCCUAACAUAUUUGUUACUAUUUCAAAUGGAUCUGGUAAUUUAAUCAAAGUAUUUGGAAAAUAAAUCUUUAAGAUUUUACAUAUUCAUAAACAUAAAUACAAUUUAGUUUCAAAAAAUUGUUAAAACUAAAUGAAACAUAAAUCAUCGCUUGGAAUAUGCAAUCUGUCUAUGUCAUAGACAAUAAUUUUAAUGUAGCUAAAACUUUAAAUGUUACUUUAAAACCUUUGGAAUCUGUUUAAAGUGUUAAGAUCGAUUUCCUGGCUAAUAAAAUAAUUGUAGAUUGUGGGCCAGGAACUAUGA